UGUCUCGGUAACCGGGACUCAACGCCUCUCGACCAGCAGCAGCAGCGAAAACACGGAGGAUCCGGUACAAAUGAGAGUAAAAAGAGAACAAACCGCUUCAUAUAAAGUCGAAUCUGAAUAAAACGGAUUACGGGCUUUUCUGCGGACCGGUACAGAGCGCUGGGGUAUGGCUGUGUAUUUUGAUCACCGGGUUCAGGCUCCAGACAGCAGUGGAUCAGCAGCUCUCUUAGCCUGGCACUCCUCUCAGCCCCUGCUGGCAGUCGCUUCCAUCAACCCUGCAUCCGGAGGAAGUGUAGACAUCUACCUGCAGCAGGGGGAGCAUGUGGAGUUGUGUCAUGUGGAGCGUGGGUUCAGCCCGGCGCUGCUGCGGUGGCACCCCACUAAACCCCUGCUGGCGGUGGGCUGGGAGACGGGCGAGACCCUGCUCCUCACACACCCCCACGGAGAACAGACCCUCCUGCCCCAGAACACACACACCGCCUGCAUCACACUGCUGGAGUGGAGCUCCAGUGGAGCCAGACUGGUGACUGGAGAUGAGGCAGGGGUUCUAGCCUUGUGGAAGGUGGAUGCUAGAGGAAGACUGCAUGGGAAUCAUGUGACCAAACAACAAUACAACAAACCCCUAACCACCUGCAUCUUCAGACCCACACCUCCCACAGAGGAUGUGGCGAUGUUGGCGAAAGCAGCAGUCAGUGGUGAUGAAGAUGCCCUGGAUAAGUUUAAUUGGAGGAAGAGCAGUAAAGGGGGCGGGGUUUGGUCUCCUGGGUCACAAGAAGGACUCACUAUCUACGCCAGCACAGCCGACGGGUGUGUGUACAGUGUGGAUGACCGGGGGCGCAGUGUGUCCCUGCUGACUGUAGAGGGCAGAGUGCAGAAGAUGUUUUAUUCGGAGCGCAGAGCCAUGCUAGCUGUGGUCACCGACUCCCUGCUGCUCUCACAGUUCAGCCUCGGUCCAGAAGGAGGAGCUCAAGAGCUGAGCAAGGUGAAGCUGAGUGGGAGAGGAGGACACACUGCAGAUAUCGUGUGGAUGGAGAGCGGACUCCUGAUCACUGCAUCUGGAGAACAGCACAUCAGGUUGUGGGAUCUAGAGAGAGAUGAUAAUUAUAUUCUGUCUCUGGAUGAGAAUUUGGGCUUUGAGAAAGGAGAACUGCUGAACUGUGUGUCCUACUGCGCUGCCAAAGAUGUCCUUGCCGCAGGAACCAACAGGGGGCGUGUUGCUCUGUGGCAGAUGGUGACAGUGACCAAUCAGAAAGCAGAUACUAAAACUCAGUGGAAGUUACAGACGCCCACCGAGCUGGAGGGGAACAUCACUCAGCUGCAGUGGGGGUCGAGUCUGCAGUUGUUGGCCGUGUGCAGCAGUAGUUCGGUGUUGAUUCUCUCUGAGCAUGUGAUGUGUUCACACUACAGCCAGCAGGUGGCGGCGGUGCAGCUCACACCCACACAGCUGAGCCUGACGUACUUCAGCACGGAUACACACCUCACACUGCGCACCGACACACACAUCCGAGCCGUGCAGCUCGCCAAGGAGACAGUGACUGUCUGGGAUGGGAGAUGUGUGACAGUGUAUGAAGUCUCAGGACAGUCUCUGAGAAGCACAGGCUCGUUCCAGUGUGAUUCUGUGGCUCUAGCGGUUCAUGAAGAGAAUAUUUACACUGUGGAGCCCAACCGGGUACAGGUCCGCACACCACAGGGUACUGUGAAGCAGCUGUUAACGUUUUCUGAGGCGGAGGGAAACCCCAUCAUGCUGGACGUGUGCGGAUCUUACUUGGCCGUAGGGACGGACGCUGCACACGUCAGGGUGUUCGACCUCACACGCAGGGAGGCAAAGCCUUUGUGUAAUGCGAAAAACAUGGCUGAACUCAUUCCUGACCUGGGAGCUCUGAGGUCAGUGAAAUGUAACGCCAGUGGGAACCAGAUCAGCAUCCUCAUCACACAGAUAAACGGGCGUCCAGAUCACAGGGUGUAUUUCUAUGAUGUUGAGAUGGACACACUCUCCCACUUUGACUUUUUCACUGGACGUCCUCUCAGUGGUCUCUCCCAAUCAGACGACAACCAAAGGUCUCGGGAUAAUGAGCUGGAGCUGGCGGGUCGGUAUCCGGUCUCUCAGUUCUGGGAUCAGAGUGAGCCGAGGCUGUUUGUGUGUGAAUCUCUUCUUGUGAACUCUGAGUUUCACCACGUCGACCAAUCACACGCCACGGAGAAGGUGGAGGUGUUGGUGGUGACGUUUUUUGUGACGCAGGAACACGGCCUCCUCCUGCAGGACACACACCCCAAACCCCCCGCACUGCAGGGGCUGCUGGGACUGGAUACACCCUAUUACUACUACACCUGCAAGCUCUUGUUUCGGAGAGGUGGAGUCUUUCUCCCAGAUCCUGGAGAGCAGGACAUGGACAACAAUGUGAGCCCCUCUACCCCGGCUGCAGUUCGUCCCUCCUCCCACAUGGUGGUACGACGAGCUUUGCGAGAUUUCAUUGGUUUAGAGAGCUGCGAGAAGCCGACCAGAGAUGCCAUGCUCAACUUCAGCUUCUACUUGACUAUAGGGGACAUGGAUGAAGCUUUCAGAGCCAUCAAACUCAUCAAGAGUGAGGCUGUGUGGGAGAACAUGGCCCGGAUGUGUGUGAAGAGUCGGCGUCUGGACGUGGCGCGUGUGUGUUUGGGGAAUAUGGGUAAUGCCCGCGCCGCCCGCGCCCUCAGAGAGGCGGAGAAAGAGCCGGAGCUGGAGGCUCGAAUCGCCGUCCUCGCUACACAACUCGGCAUGCUGGAGGACGCUGAGCGUCUGUACCGCUCCUGUGGAAGGUUUGAUCUGCUGAAUAAGUUCUACCAGGCCGCUGGUCGGUGGCAGCAGGCGGUGGAGAUGGCCGAGACUCACGACCGCAUCCACCUACGCACCACCUACUACAGCUACGCCCAGCACCUGGAGGCCAUGGGGGACAAGAGCCUCGCACUCACCUAUUACGAGCGCUCGGAUACCCACCGGUUUGAGGUUCCCCGGAUGCUGAUGGAGGACACGCUCUCUCUGGAGAUCUACAUCAACAAGAUGAAAGACAAGAGCCUGUAUAAGUGGUGGGGUCAUUAUCUGGAGAGCCAAUCAGAUAUGGAGUCUGCACUAAGAUUUUAUGACUACGCUCAGGACUACCUGUCUCAGGUGCGCGUGCACUGUUACCUGGGAAACAUCCAAAAGGCGAGUGAGAUAGCCAAUGAGACGGGCAACAGAGCCGCGUCCUAUCACGUGGCCCGACAGUACGAAGGUCAGGAGAAAAUCAGCCAAUCGGUGCAUUUCUACACGCGAGCGCAGGCCUACAACAACGCCAUCCGCCUGUGUAAAGAGAACAACAUGGACGAGCAGCUGAUGAACCUGGCGCUGCUCAGCAACCCGGAGGACAUGAUGGACACGGCGUGCUACUACGAGGAGAAAGGAGCGCACAUGGACCGAGCCGUCAUGCUCUACCACAAGGCGGGUCAUGUAUCUAAGGCUCUGGAGUUGGCCUUUGCUACAGAGCAGUUUGCAGCGCUGCAGCUGAUCGCAGAGGACCUGAAUGAGAACAGUGACCCCGCCCUGUUAUCACGCUGCUCCGACUUCUUCAUCAAACACUCGCAGUACCAGAAAGCUGUGGAACUGCUGGUGGCUGUCAAGAAGUAUCACGACGCGCUGCAGUUGUGUUUGGACCAGAAUCUGACCAUCACAGAAGAUCUCGCCGAGCGCAUGACUGUGUCACGAGGCUCCGCCCACCUAACAGAGGCGGAGCGCAAAGAACUGCUGGAGCGAAUCGCAGACUCCUGCAUGCGCCAGGGCAACUAUCACCUAGCAACCAAAAAGUACACACAAGCUGGUAAAAAGAUCAAGGCGAUGCGGGCGCUGCUGAAGUCGGGCGAUACGGAGAAGAUUGUGUUUUUUGCGGGAGUUUCUCGGCAGAAGGAGAUCUACGUGAUGGCGGCUAAUUACCUGCAGUCUCUGGACUGGAGGAAAGAUCCAGAAAUCAUGAAGAACAUCAUCAGCUUCUACACCAAAGGACGAGCUCUCGACCUGCUGGCUGGCUUCUACGAGGCCUGUGCACAGGUGGAGAUAGAUGAUUAUCAGAACUAUGAGAAGGCGUUCGGGGCUCUGUCUGAAGCAGGGAAAUGCCUGAAUAAAGCAAAAAGUCGCAGCGGAGACGAGAUCGACCAGCGUCUCACACACCUCACACACAGACUCACACUCAUCCGCAGAUUCAUACAGGCCCGCAGGUUAUAUGAGGAGGAUCCAGCAGCUGCAGUGUUGGAGUGUGAGUCUCUGCUGGAAGAAGAUGAUCUGGACCCUGCAGUCAGAGUGGGGGACGUGUUUGGGUUCCUUGUAGAACAUCACUGCCAAAACGGCAGCUACCAGAAGGCGUGGAGCAGGCUGGAGGAGCUGAGGAGGUCGUACCCGUCGGUGAACGUGAGUUUGUACGUCAGUCAGCAGAGUCUGGAGGCCCUGCAGAGCGCCGCCGGCGUCCGCCUCAACCUCGGAGACAACACACACACACGCAGAGACACGGACAACACACACACACACAGAGACACGGACAACACACACACACACAGCGACGGAGAGGACGACGAGGAGGUGGAGGAGGAGGACGAGAACCUGGAGGACUGAGGGAGUGUUACAAUCACACACAGACAUACACAUAUAUACAGCUCUGCAAAAAAAUAAGAGAUCACUUAAAAAUGAUGAGUUUCUUUGAUUUUACCAAAUUAAAACCUCUGGAAUAUAAUCAAGAGGAAGAUGGAUGAUCACAAACCAUCAAACCACCAAACUGAACUGCUUGAAUUUUUGCACCAGGAGUAAAGCAGCAUAAAGUUAUCCAAAAGCAGUGUGUAAGACUGGAGGAGGAGAACAUGAUGCCAAGAUGCAUGAAAUUAAAACUGUGAUUAAAAACCAACCAGGGUUAUUCCACCAAAUAUUGAUUAUUUCUGAACUCUUAAAACUUUAUGAAUAUGAACUUGUUUUCUUUGCAUUAUUUGAGGUCUGAAAGUUCUGCAUCUUUUUUGUUAUUUCAGACAUUUCUCAUUUUCUGUAAAUAAAUGCUCUAAAUGAGAAUAUUUUUAUUUGGAAUUUGGGAGAAAUGUUGUCUGUAGUUUAUAGAAUAAAACUACAAUGUUCAUUUUACUCAAACAUAAACCUAUAAAUAGCAAAAUCAGAGAAACUGAUUCAGAAACUGAAGUGCUCUCUUAGUUUUUUCCAGAGCUGAAUAUAUACACACCUGCAGUUCAGGUGAAUUAUCAGGUACCCCCAUUGGUUUACGACUGUGUGUAAGAGUGUGUGUGUGUGUGUUUCCGUGUUGCCUUAAAUGACUGACUGACGGACGGAUGGUGUGUAUGCCUUUAGAAACCGUCUCCAGUCUCUUCAGACGCCUGGCUAUUUUAUACACUCCCCAGGUGAUUUAAUAGAUAUGAUAUGUUUUAUAUAUUAUUGUGAAUAGAAAUCUCAUUUUAAUAAAAAUAAUUUUCUACUUAUAA